AUGUCAUUUGUGGAUAAAAGAUGGAUCGAGAUGGUGCUUCAGGAGGGCCUGAAGCUUUCCGAGCCUCCGAAAGUGUGUUCCUACGAAGUGGAUCGGGCCUUGAGCAGAGGCGAGAACUUCGGAAGUUUAGCCUUGCGAACCCCGGUGGUUUACGUCAUCAACAACGAGGAAGUCAGGACUGACCUGUUCAUCAAAGUGAAACCCCACGGUGAAGCACACCGUGAGUUGACGGAAAGUUUGAACGUGUUUGUGAGAGAGGCGCAAGUGUACAAUGAAUUACUUCCUGAUAUGAUCGCGAAUUCGAAUGCUGUGGGUGCACCUGAAGACUGCUACCCGGACUUUCCGCCGUGUUAUUAUGCGCGUGGCUCCGGGAAAGAGGCAGCCAUCGUUAUGGUUGACUUGUCGCGAUACGAGUAUCGUCUUGCAAAUAAGUACGAAGGAGUGGCAGAAAGCGAAGCCCGGUUAGUUUUGAGAGCUCUGGCUAAAUUCCACGCGAAUGGUGUGGAAAUAUUGCGGAAGCAAAAAGAUCGGGAAGGAUUUUCGUGCCUGAAAUCCAACCCUUACGACAACGACCUGCUUCGCGAAGGGUUUCGAGAGAGCAGAAACCUGCAUCGCAUGGUGAACGCUUUUCAGGAGCUUUCCGAUCAAGAAGAAAACGCGGCGCGACUCAAGGCAUAUGUUGACGAGAAGUGUGUCGAUGGUUUCAGUCGGUUCCUCGAGCUUUCCCGGUUCCAGGGGAAUCCUGACCUAGCAUGCUACAAACUGAACGAUUGCUGGCUCAACAACAUGAUGUUUCGAGACGACCUGAAUGAUGACGGAGGUUAUGAAGUAGCUGCUGUGAAACUGCUCGAUUUGCAGUUCACGCAGGUCGGAUCCCCAUACCCUGAUCUCCAGUUUUUCUUCGGAACGAGCGUCAAUAAAGCCGUGUUUUCAAAGCGCGAGCAGCUUUUGGAAGAGGAGUACUACCCGGAGUUAUUCCGCGUGCUGAAACAUCUCAGGUCCUCCGUAUCAGCCGAGAAUUACCCAUUUGAAGAGUUCCUGGCCGACUUCAAGAAGAAUUCCGAGUUUUGUCUCAUCACGGCGAUUUUUUUAUUGCCGGUUUUGUUGUCGGAGCGAGAGAGCUGUUUCGAAGCCGAUGACCUGUCUGUGGAAAGUCUAGAACACAUGGCUCAUCGAACGCUGAUGACUGUUGGAACGACUGCGCGUGUUCUGGAGCGUUUUGCUCACAUCGUGCAGAGCAUGGUUAAUGAAAAUGUCAUCUAAACACAGGUUGUGGAAGCAUCAAGCGCGCAUGAGGUCCAGAGAUUUGAGGAUCGUUCGGUUUCCGUGCGAAUCGAAAAACAGGAAACUUGAGGUGCUGUAAUGUAACAUGCUUCAAAAUCCUGAAAUUCAGUACUCUUCUCAGUUCAAGCAGAGGAAUCAUUCUGGUCAACUCUCGUACUGCUUCAAGAAUUUUUGCCCGAUUUCGUUCACAGAUUUAAUCCGGUGAAUGAAAUUAAACUUUAAAAGCUUUUAUUUCAAAUUAUUUUUUUUUCUGCUGGGCUUACUGUUCAAUGCUGUAAAAUACUAUCAAAAUCGACGUACUUGUUCUGCAGUGGCGAAAGUUCUUCAAAAUUGCAAUGAAAGAAAAUUAUCGAACUGAAUUGGAAGUUUCUAUGCUUACCGUGCGGUAUAUUGUUUACCGUGGUUAUAGUCUGAUUGCUUCUCUCUGUGGUGUGCUGCGAAACGUGAAUGGUACUUCGUUUUUGUACGAAGAGCUUCAGGGUUUGUCCAUUCCCUUGAAAACCUGAACAUGAAUAAAAGAAAUGCGAGAACGCUU